AUGACGCCCGCCACACCCUUCAUUUAUGGUGCUUCUGCAGCUUCCAGUCCUAUCGACAAAAAGCUAAGACCAUCCAACUGCUGGAUCCAGCGCAAGCUCCGUUUAACAGUGAUGACAAAAUAUCGCGUUUGUGGCGCCGAACCGUUCAGGACAUCAGAGGAAGCAAACCUGCGACAACAGAAAGAGUGGCAUAGCGAUUGCUAUCCGUAUCAGAAAAAGGCGGUAAAACAGAAAAAAGAUAUUCGGACAAUUUUUGCUACGUUUACUUAUCAAAUAUUUCUGUCGUCAUCAACAAAACGACAUGCGCGGUCUCUGGGUUCAUGGCGAGAACCUGCUAUUUCUGCCGCAGACACUGAGGAUGGAUUUGGAAAAGGAUUUUGCUCCUCUUUGUUGUAG